ACACUGUGCCACAGUUUCAUAUAAAUGACUAGGCGUUUCGUGAAAUGACGGAUUUCACUAAAAGACUACGACAGAUACAUAGAUAGAACCCCGGAAGUGGGUCAUUACAGUUUUUAAUUUCCUGCACGAACCUCACAAUGCGCAUGCACAAAGUUUCAAGUGCAAAAUUACUACUAAUCAUUUUGUGAACAUUAAAUAUUGUGUUGUCAUUUGUGCUCUUAUUGUUUAAUUUAAAUCUAUCCCUGUAUAGAAACUUAUCGCGUAGGUAGGUAACUAGAACCAGGUACAAGUUAUGGGACUGAGUCAUACAAAAUGCGUGUCAACCGCUCGGCUGGAUGGAAAAACUGUUAUCGUAACAGGCUCAAAUACUGGAAUUGGGAAAUUCACGGUACAGGAUUUUUAUAAGCGAGGUGCACGAGUUAUUAUGGCAUGCAGAAACGCCGAGAAAGCCCGCCAAGCUGCAGAGGAUAUAAAAAAAUCGUGCGAAGAUUUACAACAACUGGGACAAAUUGAAAUAGUCAAUUUAGAUUUAUCCAGUCUUGAUUCGGUUAGGGACUGUGCGAACAAAUUGUUGGAAUGUGAAGAUAAAAUUAACAUUUUGGUUAAUAAUGCUGGAGUUAUGAUGUGUCCAAAAACAAAAACCAAGGAUGGAUUUGAAAUGCAAAUAGGAACCAAUCAUUUCGGGCACUUUUUAUUUACGUUACUGCUUUUACCGCGAAUUAUUAAAAGUGCUCCAUCUCGAAUUGUAAACGUGUCUUCUGCAGCACAAGCCAAGGGAUCUAUUAACUUUGAAGAUUUAAAUUUCGACGUACGCGAAUACAGUCCAUUGAAUGCAUACAGGCAAAGUAAAUUAGCUAACGUGCUGUUUACAAAAGAGCUAGCCAGGAAAUUGGAUGAGUCUCAUAUAGAAAACGUAACUGUUUAUAGUCUUCAUCCUGGUGUAAUUGUGACCGAACUUGGAAGGCACUUGGAUGACACCUAUUUCAGAGGUUUCACGUUAAUGCUGUCGCCGUUCCGUGUAUUUAUGAAAAACGUCGAGCAAGGCGCCCAAACGUCGAUUUACUGCUCUGUGGACGAGUCGGCUGGUAAGGAGACGGGGUUGUAUUAUGCGGAAUGUGCUGUGGCAGAGCCAUGUGCCAAUGCUAAAGAUAUGGAAGCUGCGAAGAAACUAUGGGAUGUCAGUUUCAAAUCAGUAGGCCUAGAAGAAGAUUAUAAGCCCUUUCUGGCAAAGUGAACAGUGGUAGGUGACGCUAAAAUUUAAUUAGGUAUACUACCUACCCACUUCUACCUCCCAUUUGUUAAAGGCGUUAUCUAUUGUUAAUUGAUUCAAUUUUAAUUUUUAUCUUUUACUUGUACCUAGUUAUAUUAAACAAUAUGUAAGAAAUAAAUAGUAUUAUCGUUGCGUCAACA